GAUGAAAGUACUUAAAAGUGUCCCUCUUUUAUUGGGGUGUUGGACUCUCUUAUACCUGGACUUUAUCCCAGCGUCACUGAGCCAUACCGGCAUUGCAGAGUGCGCACCCGAGAGAGGAGGCAAGGAGCACACAGGCGGAGCAGGUGAAGGAGCCAACCCGGGAAUUGGCUCAACUGCCAGGUCAACGGUAGGAAACUACGGCGCAGGGGGUUGGAAGUCUCUAAGUGCUGCGAGGAUCACGCGCAUUAGAACAGGACCCCCGCUGAUAAAGGGCGAGGCAGCCAAAGCGAAAGCUGUGACAUCAGUGUCAUCACCGCACAGCGUAACGGUCAGCCGUGCUCGUGGAGCUGUCAAUUUGGGGCCCGAGGAGGCUGUGCGCUAUUGGGUACCCGGCGGGGAUGCUACUAAAGCAUCAGCUGCGCCUGCUCCCGUGGCGUUGAGCAUGCAAACAGGCAAAGGCUCAGGCAGGCCUGGACAGAGCAAAGGAAACACUGUCCCCAGAGCUGAAACACCAGCACGAACUGGACAGCAAAAGGUCGUUGAUGUGCAAAAGCACAUCGUUCGGUUGGCCCAAAUGAGUGUCAAAGCAACGGGCAAAGUUAACGGCAGAUACUCUCCAAAGCUUCUAUUGGUAACUCCGCAUGACUACAUGUUGUCACUCUAUUGGUCACUAUCCACAGGAGGGGUGAACACUAGUGUGCUGCACGAGGCUGGCAUGGCCAACACCAUCACAAGCUUUGUGGAUAAAGGACAAGAUGCCCGUACUCCCCAGUUGAGAAGACAGAAGUAUUACUUCAACAUCAGUUCCCUGGAGAAGGAGGGGUUACUGGGUGCUGAGCUGCAUAUACUCAGGAAAAGACUGGCUGAUCCACACAAAGCACUUUCCACUGACAGAGUUUUCUGCCUGAAGCUUUUCACUUGUGUAGCAGGUAAGCAGAAAGCUACACUGCUCCAAACUCAAACCAUCAAGGACCACAAUUCGCCCAAAUGGGAAGUGUUUGACAUUUGGAAACUAUUCAAGAAUUUCAAGAACACCGUCCAGCUUUGCUUUGAGCUGGAGGGUUUAGAACGGGGACGCCCCGUGGACCUCAGGGCACUGGGCUUCAGUCGUCUGGGCAGGCAAACCAAAGAGAAGGCCUUUUUCCUCAUGUUCGGGCGCACCAAGAAAAAUGACUUGUUCUACAACGAGAUCAAAGCUCGGUCUAGCCACGACAACAAGACUGUGUAUGAAUACCUGUUCACUCAGCGGCGCAUGCGCCGAGCUCCAACCAACCGCGGCAAGAAGCUGGCCAAGAACCCCAAGCCUCGUUGCCACAGGAAGCAGCUGCACGUCAACUUCAAGGAGAUGGGCUGGGACGAUUGGAUCAUCGCCCCACUAGAGUAUGAGGCCUACCACUGCGACGGGGUAUGUGACUUCCCUAUUCGCUCGCACCUCGAGCCCACCAACCACGCCAUCAUCCAGACGCUCAUGAACUCCAUGGACCCCGACUCGACUCCGCCCACCUGCUGCGUGCCCACUCGCCUCAGCCCAAUCAGCAUCCUCUACAUUGACUCGGCCAAUAACGUGGUCUACAAACAGUAUGAGGACAUGGUGGUGGAGUCCUGUGGCUGCAGGUAGCAAUGGACGAAAGACCCAGCUGAGGUCUUGGUU